CAUCUGAAGCCACCGGAUGUGUGCGUCUCCUGUGUGCGUCUCUUGUCCCCGCCCGGCAGCAGCUCAGUCCAGCAGCUGAAGACAGAAGAAGAGUCCUACAGGCUAAAAAUACAAGAGCUAACACAAGAUGGCCGGUUUGCCUCGUAGGAUUAUAAAGGAGACCCAGCGGUUGUUGGCGGAGCCUGUUCCAGGGAUCACGGCUAUGCCAGAUGAAGGGAACGCACGCUACUUCCAUGUGAUCAUUGCAGGGCCUCAAGACUCUCCCUUUGAAGGAGGCACAUUUAAACUUGAACUAUUUCUUCCAGAAGAGUAUCCCAUGGCAGCUCCCAAAGUGCGAUUCAUGACCAAAAUCUACCACCCCAAUGUUGACAAACUGGGAAGAAUAUGUUUAGACAUUUUGAAAGAUAAGUGGUCUCCAGCCCUGCAGAUCCGCACAGUGUUGCUAUCUAUCCAGGCGUUAUUAAGUGCUCCCAAUCCAGAUGAUCCCCUGGCAAACGAUGUUGCAGAGCAGUGGAAGAAAAACGAAAGCAGUGCCAUUGAAACAGCCCGAUCAUGGACCAGGCUCUACGCGGGCAACACCGAAGUAUAAAAGACAAGAGACGAGGCUUCUGAAUGUGAUCCACAAAAUGUACUCCUAUUCUGUCAACAUUCGAAUUUAACGGACACAAAAAAAGAGAAAAAGAAAAAAAAGAUCAUAAGUCCAAAUCUAUUUGAAAGAUAUGACAAGAGUUACUGCUGCAGACCUCUGGGUGACUUAUUUUCCUCUCUAAGACGCGUUAAGUGUGUGUUAGCCUUUUUUUUUUUUCUGUGUUGCUAUUUAAAUGCAUGGACAGAGAACGACACCCUCCCCACGACAGUCUUAAACAUAACAUGCAAUAUGUUGUCCUGAACAAGGCACGUACUGGUACGUUUGCAGAAUAUACAUGCAUUAAAGCUGUUUCUCCUUUUAACACAUGCAUUAUUUGUCAACACAUCUGUAUGUCUUUUGUGAGAGAUGACUGAUAUAAGCUGUCUUCUCUCCCACAAGUAGUAAGCAGACGGAAAAUAUGAAUAUAUGAAUAUAUGAAUGAUGACGUUUGUCUUUACUCUUUUUAGGGAAAGCGAUGAGUUAUUGGAAAGUAGCCCUUUACAUUCAACAAGAAGAAGGUUAGUUGGAUUCACACUCCUGUGUGUCUGUGCACACCAAAACACGUCACAACACUGAAUAUGUAGUUGGCAGUGCAGCUGCUGUAGUUCAGCAUCAUCUCAAGAGCACACGUGGUACUUAAUACUGAGCACAGAGGUGAAACUUCUUUACAAUAUGUUCACAAUCUUGUAAAAUUGGACAUAAAAACAAGUAAAUUUAGAGGAAGUACUAACAUGUAAACCUUCAAAAGACACUCAGACAAACCGAGAGGGUCAUUUUCAUCCGCAGACAACUGAGGGAGGUUCAUUCCAGCAUUUUUAAUGUCAAAUAAAUUCGGCGGUUGCUGUAUACUUGCCAAAUUUGCCGGUAGAGAAUACACCGUACUGAACAGCCACAGCGAACAUUUAAAAGCAUUUAGUCCAUGGCUAGUGUCGAUUUGUGGCCCCAACAGAUGUAAUUUUAUUUUUAAUUAUUUCCAUCUUGGUUUUAGGUUGAUAGAAAAGGGCAGAUUAUUGUGUGAUUAGAUGCCUGAGCCCAAUUAGGUGAGGACUGUGUUUUAUAAUAAUCCAAAAUCUGAUGAUUUAAUGUCAUGUUUUGUUCUUUUAACGUUGCAUCAAGCGGUUUGUGCGGCAGUAAUGGGAAAUUUGAUCAGUUUUCUCACAUCUGUACAAGUUUCCGUAGAAGUUGGACAGUUUGGGGAGGGUGAGCAGAUUACUUCCACAUGCUUGAAAAAAGCCAUUUCCAACACGUUCAGAAAGGUAGAAUGACAGCAGUUGCAUGUAGUAGCAGAGAUGUGUUGAAAAUGUCCUUUUUUUUUUAAGGGUUUGGGACGCUUUGGGAGCUGUCUUUGUUUUUAUUUCCCUUUUUUAACUGUCUGUCCAUACUAUCUAUAUGUUGCCUGUUCUCUAUUUUAUUUUCAGUGUUCAUUAAAAAGGCAUGUACCAUAACCAGACUGGUGUCAGGACAGUUCAGACUAGUUUUCUUCGGGGUGUUUGCGAGAGUCGAGUCGUCUUUAAAGGGAACGUUUUUGAAGGUUUUGUCGUCGGUUACGAAGUCGUCUCUCACCGUGAUUUUCUGCUCUUUCGAUGAUACCAAUCUGUGAUGAUAAUGUAAGUGCAUUGAAUUGAUUGGGUCAUUGUUGUGGCAAAAAAAGUGAUAUUGCAAAUAAAAAGUAUUUAAAAUUAAAGGCUAAUACAGAUCUCCUGUCGGCUAGAAAUUACAUAUGAUCUCUUGUGUCAAAUUCUACGUUGGGAUUUGUUUUUGACCCGUAGAAAACACUUCAAAAAAUCCUUUCGUUUUAAUUAUUCGUGGUUAGAAGGAUCAACGGAUGGUGAUUUGAAAGGCUCAUCGCCCCGUAGCUUCUGUAUGGCUCAUCUGAGGGAGGACCGUAACGUUACGUUGUAGUAAAACUAUUUCUGUUAAGCGUUCUUUUUAGGUCGAUCUCUUUUCUCGCUCUCUUAUUGGACCAUCGCAGGCUUGGUGUUGCUGCUUCGAUCUCUUUGUGUCCCGUCCUCGCCCAGAAUUAUUAACUAACUGUUUCUAACUGCUACAUUUACUCAAGUCUGGAAGAUGGAGCACGGCUUACAACCCGGUUAAUUUAUUGUUUCCUUGAGGGACUUGACAGUAAUCUAAACCAAGAAACAGUCACUCACUGGAUUUUUGAAGCAUCUAGAUCAAAAUAUUGAGAGAUCAAACUCUGAUUAAUCAGCUCCCUAUGUGUAAAAAAAAAAAAAAAGUGCUGUUGGUAAUUUCAGUACAUUUGCAUACAUGGCUCUUCAAAUACUCUGUAAAUAAACUGAGUUGAGUAAGUA